AUGACAACGCCACGCACCCGAGGAGGUGCUCUCGCAGCCAAGGUCGCCGAAGUCCAGUCAGCGCUCGUCGACGCUCAUGCCGCGCCGUGCCCUCGCGAGAUCUCCGCGCUCCUGUGUGCGUACGACGGCUCGGUCCCUGCAGUGGUGGACGUCCUCAAAAACGUCGAGGGCUCGUCGGCUCUUGCGGCUGGCUCUGCCGAGGGAGCCUCGUCGAGCUUUGCGCGCGCUGGGCCGGUCGUGAAAGCUGUCUCGCCGAAGACGGUGGCCUCGGCCCGUGGCGAGGCCCCGCUCUCCUCGCUGUCGGGCUCUCGGGCCAACGGGAAGCGCAAGAUGGAGCGCGGCGGCGGCGCUGGCGGCAAGCGGCUCGCGGCGCUCUCCGCGGCGCUGGCCGAGUCGCCAGAGCCGGUCAGCGCGCCAGACGCUCCCGACGGGGCGCCCCUUCUCGACGACGGCGUCACGCUCGACGAAACCCUCUGUUCCAUCACGGAUUUCCGCGCGUUGCCGGCAUCGUUUUGGGACCGUCUGCACAAGGAGCAUGCAAACCACCCUCACUCCGGAGGCUGGACAGCCGUGUAUCAGCAGGAGUGGCCGUACAGCGGCUAUCCGUACGACGCCGUCUACGACGUUCUGCUCGACCCUGCGACCGGCUGGCAGCGAGCACGACGUGUGCGGCCUUGCCUCACCGGCGUGCAGGAGUGGGCCGCCUCGUGCACCUCGUCGGCACUUUCAGUCCACAUCAACGACCUCGACGCAUCCCUCGCUGAGAUGCUCGAACACGGCUUCAUGCAAAGCGAGACCGUGGACGCCAUCAAGUCGGCAGUCGCUGAGGACCAGGAGCUCCUGCGAGGCCGCGACCCACCCUUCUCCAUCCGGAGGCUGCACUUCGACGUGCACGAGCUCGAGCUGACGUGGCCGCCCGAGGUCGCGGGCACCACGCGCCGCCUCGCAACGGCUCGCAAUCGUACCCAAUCGUACAUCCACCACAUCGCCGACAUUGCUCACGAGGACUCGACCGGCGUCGGAGUCGAGCCCGUUCCGUACGACGUUCGCUCCUCGAUGGCAAUCGAGGUACUCGCGGACUCCUCCGCUCUUCGUCCGGAACGCAUCGAGUUUCGCCACCCGUGCGUCCGGACGAUGGCCCUCCCGUUUGGUUCAUACGAGUGCGACUUGCCACUCCGCGAGGCCUUCGGAAGCAACGCCGAUGCUCACGUCUGGGCCGCAAAUGUCUCGUCGCUGAUCGGCGGGCUGUGCGACGAGCCCUGGGAGAGCACCGGCGCGUGGGAGUCGAGGUUCCGAAACCCGGAAAUCGUCUUCAAGGGGGCUGUGGAGCUCGACCGCGUCGUCACGGCGGGACGGGCGGCGGGCGCCCUGCGCGUGCUCCUCUCUCGCCCCCUCACCUUCGCUACGCGGGUCGAGGUGAAGAAGUGCACGCGCCGCCGGCUCAGCGUUCGCGUUGCCGUCGAGCUGCGCCCCCUCGCCUUCGUCCCCUCCGCCAGCGGCAGCACGCUGCCGAUCGACGACUUGAGCGCUGUCCUGCGGUCCGUCAUGUCGCGCGAGCCGCCGCGUCUGGUCGACCAGCGCCUCGAGGACGCGAUCUACAUCGACGAGCGUGCGGACGGCGCGGUUUCAGGCAACGCUCGGCAGGGCGACUACGCGAACCGCAUCAUGGCUGCUCUCGAGGCGGUCUCGGCGGUGGCGCUGAAGGCGGACGAGGACGAGCUCGAGCUGCCGGGUCUCGGCGUGCAGCUGCGCCCUUUCCAGAGCUUCAGCGUCAAGUGGAUGCUCGCGAAGGAGCGUCUGCCAGAGGACCUUGUCGCCGUGCAUCCCGAGCUGUGGUACGGGCGUGGCUGCUUCCACCUCUGGCCGCCGGCGCGGGGCGGGUGCCUCUUCCACGAGAUGGGCCUCGGCAAGACGGUCCAGACGAUCGCGCUCUGCCUCGCCAGCCCACGGCCGGCAAACGCGCCCGGCACCCUCGUGCUCUGUCCUGUCAGCCUCCUGGCGAAUUGGGGGGUGGAGCUCAGCAAGUGCCUGCCGGCCGAGUCGCGCCACCUCAUCCUCGACUCAAUCGGAAAGAAGAAGUUCAAGACCAAUCCCGACGGGCUCGCUGACUACGACAUCGUGCUCUCCUCGUACUCCCUCCUCAAGGGCUCGCCCGUGCUGCAGCUGCGCUGGCACCGGCUGGCGCCAGACCACCCGUGGCUUCUCUUUGCUUGUCCGCGACAUGUGCUCGACGAGUCGCACGAGGGCAUCAAGAACCCGCGGUCGGUGCAGUCCCAGCUGGUGCAGCAAAUCAAGGCGUCGCGCCGGUGGUGCCUCUCCGGCUCUCCCUGCCCGCUCGGGCCAGGCGACUUGGCUGGCCAGAUGUCUGCGCUGCAGAUGCCAGCCUACGGCAUCCCGUCGGUCUUCUCCGCACGGCUCGACCCUCUGCACAACGGCAAGUGGGUGGCGAACGGCCGGGCAGGGUCGUCAAAGUGCUUCGCUUCGGAGCAGCCUCUCCUCAAGUUCCUCUGCAGCUGCGCUCUGCGCCUCAAGAAGGACUCGGUGAUCGCGGAGGACGGGCAGCCCAUCGUCUCGCUGCCGCCCCUCACCCGCGAGAUCCGGCUGCUCGACGCCUCGCCCACCGACGCGGCCUCGUACUCGCGCUUCCACGCGCAGGUGCGCGAGCGGGUGGAGACGCUCUCCCGGGGCGGCUCGCUCGGCGUCCGCCGCGGCUCCCUCGCCUCCAUGCUCCUAUCGCUCCGGAUGGCGUGCGAUCACCCGAGCCUCGCACUCGCGGCGGGCGAGCGGCUGCGAGAGCAGCAGGCGCAGGCGCGCACCGCAGCAAGCGACGCGGGCGUUCGCGCGGCGACCCCCGCGGAGGUGCUGGCCGAGGCCAAGGGCUCACCCAAGAAGGUGGAGUGGCUCGAGGGGCUGCUUGCGCCGUACCAGGACACGGCGGCCAACGGUGUGCCGGAGUGCUCAAUCUGCUUGGACGAGAACCUGACGCCCGCCCUCACGUCCUGCGACCAGCCGCACGCCUUCUGCCUCUCCUGCAUCCUCGAGUGCUGCAAGCAAAACAUCUACGGCGAUCACAAGUACCGCUGCCCCCUCUGCCGCACGCAGUGCGCUCUCUCCUCGCUGGUCCGGCUCGAGCUCGCGGCGCCUGCAGCUGACUGCCCGAUGGCGGACGCCGACGCCGACGAGACCGAAUCGGCGGCCGAGGAGGAGGAGGAGGUUGCUGCACGAUGCCGCAGCACCAAGCUCGACGCCCUCGUCGCGGCGCUCCGCGAGAAGCCGGAGGAAAAAUCGCUCGUCUUCACACACUUUGGAGCGACGCAGAAGCUCGUGUGCGAGCGGCUCUUCGCCGAGGAGAUCGCCUUUGUGAAGAUCGCCUCCAACGCGACGCAGCCGCAGCGGGCGAAGGCGCUGCACGCCUUCACCUCCAACCCGGACGCUCGCGUCUUUGUCCUCUCGAUGCGCGCGGCGUCGCACGGGCUCACGCUCACCAGCGCAAGCCGCGUCAUUCUGCUCGAGCCGGGGACCAGCCUCGCCGAGGAGGCGCAAGCCAUCGGACGGGCCCACCGUUUUGGUCAGCAGCGGCCUGUCCACGUCAUCAAGCUCGCCGUCAAGGACACCGUCGAGGCGAAGAUCAUCAACGAGAUCCACGGCCCGAGCGACGCCGGCCCGAGUGACGCUGGCCCAAGCAGCGCGGGCGGCGACGAAUCGAGGCCCAGCGCGACGGCGCAGCAGGCGCUCAGCGUCUUCCCGCUCGUGCUGAGGCGUGUCGAGAUCUACUUCUUCAUCGGUCUGCACGUGCUGCUCGUGCUGCUGAAGGACGAGCUCGAUGUUAUCAUCUGGGAGGGAUCGCUAUCCUCACUUGCGGGCGGCACCGCGCUCAUGGCCUUCCUCCUCGUCUUUUACAAUGGACAAUGCUACUCGCGCUUCAUCGGCUUUUACGAGGCCUGCACGGGCAUGAUGGGCGCGUCGCAGGAGCUUGUUGAGCUGAUCGCGGUCCACCUCGCAGAACAGCCGGUGGCAAAGUGGGACGCUGUCCGCUACCUGAUCGCCUCCGUCCUCUUGACCUACUACAGUGCCAUGGGCACCAUGGACCGCGGCUGGGAGGAGCUGCAGCGGCCAAAGAGCAUAGGCGAAGGAGGCGGCGAGCUCGUCUGCCCGCCGCUCCUGACGGCGCACGAGGCAUCGCUGCUGCAGCAGUUUGGCAACGCCUUCGUGCCACUGCACGCGUGGACCGUACACGCGCUGCACGUCGGGUUUGCUCAGGAAGCGCGCCUGAGGCCCAGCCCCGCGACCGGCUCCGCCGCGCUGUCUGAGGCCGCCGACUGCGUGCUGCGCGUGCGCCGAGCAAUCGCCUACAUAAAAAACACGCUCGCAAUGCCCAUCCCGUUCAUCUACUUCCACACCCUCAACUUGAUCAUGUACUCAAUGUACACGAUCUUUGCGUUCGCCUUCACCUCGCUCAAGGUGACCGUCUCCGUCCUGAUGAUGGUUCUGGCAGUUUUCGUCUUCACGUCGCUGCGUGAGAUCUCCUGCGCCUUCUCGGACCCCUUCGGCGACGACGAUGUGGACUUUCCUGUCGAGAACUACAUGGACGACGUGCGUUCCCUCUUCGCCAAGCUCCUCGGCGUCGCCACUAAGGGUGGCGGCGGCGGCCCGGACUAUGAGUUCUGCCACGAGCGGCAUCUGCUCUCGGGAGAGGUCUCGCGCUAUUGCGUAGAUGUGAUCUGA